AUGGAGGAGAAAUGGGUGGUGGAGGCGGUGGCCGACGAGGGUUUCGAGCUCUGGUUUGUUGGCUGGGCUGCUGUGUUUUUUCGAGUGAAGAAGAAAGGCUAUUGUGAGUUUCUGUUAGUGAGCCUUGUUUUGGGACAAAUUCAAGUUGAGGCAAAGACUUGUUGUCCAACAACCGCUGCUUUGAAUUUCUACAAUGCAUGUCGUAUUCUAGGAUCAUCCAAAAAAACUUGUGCAUCACUCGGCGGAUGCAAAAUCAUUUCUGGAAAUACAUGUUCCAAGAAUUAUAUAUAUGAGACUCUCGGAAACAAUGGUGGUGAUGCUGUCAAUGAAUACUGCAAGUUGGGGUGUACAUCCUCUAUGUGCGAUCCCUUAACCACUCUCCAAGACUCUAAUGCAAGUGAAGUUGUGAAUGAAGCUGUUGAAAAAUGUACCAAGGCAUGUUUUGCUAUUUGCACUAAGGGACGUUCUAUUACCGCUACUACUACUCCAGUUGAAAUUGCCUAAACAACUAUGUAAUAAUAAAUAAGGGAUGUCGUCUUUUCUUGGCUUUAAAUAAUUGUCAUAUAUAAUGUGACAAAAAUAUGCUAGACUAGUCUAAUGCUAUCUAGCUACGUACAUGUAUUUAAGUAUGUAUGUAUGUGUCGUAGAAGAUUGUCGAUCCUAGAUUGUAUAUUCUUCUACUUGUUGUUAUUCAAAUUAAUAAAGACUCAUUAAUAAGUGUCUUUUUUUUUUA